AUGGCCAUUGCACUGGCGGAGGCCGACAAAUAUGAGGUGCUGGAGAAGAUUGGUUGUGGUUCCUUCGGGAUAAUCCGCAAGGUUCGACGGAAGACAGAUGGCUUUAUCCUCUGUCGCAAGGAGAUCAACUACAUCAAAAUGUCCCAGAAAGAGCGCGAGCAGCUAACGGCCGAGUUCAACAUCCUGAGCUCCCUUCGUCACCCGAAUAUUGUCGCCUAUUACCACCGAGAACACCUCAAAGCGAGUCAGGACCUGUACCUCUACAUGGAAUACUGCGGUGGAGGGGAUCUCAGCAUGGUGAUCAAGAACCUUAAAAAGGCCAACAAGUUCGCGGAGGAGGAGUUUGUCUGGCGCAUCCUGUCCCAGUUGGUGACGGCGUUGUAUCGCUGUCACUAUGGCACGGAUGCCGUCGACGUUGGAUCAAACAUACUGGGACCCGCACCCAAGCCCUCUGGUCUGAAAGGGAAACAGGCGCAAGUGACCAUCUUGCACAGAGAUCUCAAGCCCGAGAAUAUCUUCCUCGGAAGCGACAACACCGUCAAGCUCGGCGACUUUGGUCUGUCAAAGCUCAUGAACUCGCAUGAUUUUGCUUCAACGUAUGUCGGCACCCCGUUCUACAUGUCUCCUGAGAUCUGUGCUGCAGAAAAGUACACCUUGCGUUCCGACAUCUGGGCCGUCGGCUGCAUCAUGUACGAGCUCUGCCAGCGGGAGCCCCCCUUCAACGCCAGAACCCAUAUCCAGCUCGUGCAACGCAUCCGUGAAGGCAAAUUUGCCCCGCUUCCCGAAUUCUACUCCCCCGAGCUCAAAAACGUCAUCGCAAGCUGCCUUCGUGUCAACCCGGACCACCGUCCCGACACCACCGCGCUGAUCAACUUGCCCAUCAUCCGACUACUACGCAAGGAUAAGGAGGUGACUGAUCUCACCAAGACUCUGCGCAGACGCGAGGACUCGGCUCUGCAGAAGGUUAGGGAUGUGGAGCAGGCAUAUGCGAAACUGGAAAAAGAGAAGCAGCAGGUUAAAGCGGAAAUCGAGAACACCGUCCGCCGCGAAUGGGAGCUGAAGGCUAGACUCGAGAUCGAUCGCCAGGUCCAGAAUGAGCUUGAGAAACUCCGCAAACGGUUUGAAUCCGAAGUUCAGGAGAGAGUCGCAAUUGAAGUCGAAAAACAGAAACGCAGUGCCGUUCACAGGGAGGACUCUGGUUUCCGAUCCAGCAGCCUGGACUCUCGGUCUUCGAUGAACGAUGACACAGAAACCCCUUCGAGCACUGACAUCAGCCAGCUGUCUCUUGAGUCGCCCGUCUCGAAAGCACCGACAAAGGGAACCCGCACCCCCCUGAACCGCUCGAAAACGGUAGUGGAGUCACCCAUGGAUGUUCAGAUGGCCGAGCCUUCUCCCAUCUCGAUUGCCUCGCUCUCUCUCUCCCCCCGUCGGACCUCUGGCACCCACUGCGGCAAGAACAUCUUCGCAGAGGCAGAAAAACAACGCGCCAAGUGGGAACCUACCCUCGCAUACUCCGAUGACGAGGAUGACAUCCCCGACUUGCCGUCCCCGACUCGCCCCAAGGUCAAACCCGAUCCGUUCAAGGCUCCCCCUCGCCCCCUACUCCGUCAGAACACCGCUGCCUUCAUGCAGAAGCUUAGCACCCAGCCUCCCAUCUUCCCGACAAGCAGCUCGCGGUUGCCACAGAUGUCCGGAGGAGAGGGACAUCUCAGAGAGGCGAAGUCCAGGUCCCCUCAUCGUCGUUUGUCGAAGAUCCCGUCCUCAGCAAACCUGGCUGCCGACGCCGGCUCUCCCACCCGCAAGACAGGCGGGAAGCAGCUUACCACCAAGGUCGGCGGAGGCGGCGACGAAAUGUACAAAGCCGUUAUGCAGCGCAACAUGGGCGGUCGAACCUUGGUCGAGCUGGCACAGGCGCGUGCAGGUGGCCGUCCCAUGGAUGAGAUCAAACGAUGUGCCAGUGAUGCCUCCCGUCCUAGCUUGAAACAGACCGAGCGAGAACCUCCAGCCGUGUGGGAUCCCGAGAAGGACGACAUGCCCAGCCCUUUCUUAAACCGGGGUAGAAAGGUUAUCCGCAACCUGAGGUAA